CAUGGAUUCCGAAACCCAGCUAGCCAGAUAUAGAGGCGCAGUAUCCCAGGGCCCGGUAGGCUUAUCAACAAAACUAGCCGACCAUACUAUCGAUGUCCACGGUUUUGGGGAAGUGGCUGGCGCAAGCGGCGGGCCAUGAUUCAGCAUAUAGUAUAAAAGGAUGCGCCUGAAGAAUCACACCUGUCUACGAAACCAAUUCUCUCUGUAUCAUUAUCAGAGUCAAUAAGGUCUCCUCUACAGCUUAAAACAAUGAAACUCUUCCGCUUUCCAAGGCUAUCUAUAGCAUGGCUCUUCAAACGAUUGCUGAAAAGCAGUAACAAAGUGUCGCAGAUAUCCAAUUCAACACGGCAGCCUCAGACUGUGAAAACGAAACCCCCACUGAAACCGGUCAUCAUCUUGAUCCAUGGCGCCUGGCAUCUCCCAGGUGUCUGGAGAAAAGUAAAGCAGCGAUUAGAAGCAGCCGGGUACGAAGUGUAUACACCGAGACUGCUCACAGUGGUUGGGCCUGACCCAGUAGACUACUCGUGGCGCGUCGAUGUGGCGGUGGUUCAUGACAUCGUCCUUCCCCUUUUCGACCAAGGCCGUCAAGCCGUCGUCGUAGGCCACUCCUACGGUGGCGUCGUUGCCACGGCAUCAGUCGAGGGCCAGAGCGUCGCCGACCGACAAUCUCGCGGCCUCAAUGGGGGGUUUAGCGCUGUGGUGUACAUCUGCGCAUUCCCAAUAGCCAAACGCGGGCUCUCUCUCCUAUCGACGAAUGGUGGAGAUUACGAUGAAUGGAUGGUCAAGGCUGAUAAGAGGAUACCCUGUUCAAUGAAAGUCGUGCCGGGGGCUGCGGAGUUAUAUUACAGUGACUUGCCUUCGGACGAAGCGAACGAGUUACUGGCAGAUGUUGAAACAAACUAUCAGUCGCAGCGAUCGUUCGAAGAGCCCUUGGGGUUCUGCGCCAAUGACAUCAGGAUCCCCAUGACAUACCUGCUGUGUGAGGGAGAUAAAGCUGUCCCAGUGGAAAUUCAAGAGAAGAUGGUAGCGGAUAUACCGAAAAUGAAAACCCGACGCUGUACGGCGGGACACAGCCCCUUUUUAAGCCAGCCGGACUUUACCACUGAGGUAAUUGUUGAGGCUGCCCAGAAUGCACAAUAACGGAUGUAUCAAUGGGCUUGUUAUAUUGCCUGUAGAUGAAGAGGUACCGACACGUUCUUUUCACCAAUCUCCUAUAGGGCUGGGCUCUUUCAAUCUCAUGAAAAUGGCUGUGUAUAACCGUGCAGCUCCGAUGCACAACUCAUAGCUCUGCUAGAUAAUGAUCAUCUCGCGAAUAAGGCUCUCGACACCCUCUGAACUAAGAAGCGCCAACAGUGAAAUGCAAGU